ACCAGCUGGUUUUCAUUUGGGGUUAGAACAACGACGCGUUCCACAUUAGUAACUCGAAGAGAAGGGAAAAACUGCUAAAACUAAGAUGCUGCGUUCUUUGAUGGGAGCACAAAAGUGCUGGGGCCUCAUCCGCACCAGGAACUUGAUGGAAUUAGCCACCAAACAGGCACCUGCAUCGUUUGCAAUGUCCAAGCGUCACUACUCACCGCCCACUCACAUCAAGCAAUCAGCUACCGCAAAUGAUUCCGGAACCAUGGCGGAAAUCAAGCAGGAGAUGAUGAAACGAUUGGGGCUGGAGCCCGGCUACAAUCCGAUUCCCAAGUCCAGGGAGCAGCUGCUCAAGUACCAACCAAAGCUGGAGGACCUGCCCGCAAGAGCCAUGCAGGAUUCCUUCACCACGGCCAUCAUUCCUCUAAGCACGGACCGCACUUUGCAGGACAAAUAUGUGACCUAUCUGGGCAAUGUGCGACUAGGCCGACUGCUGGAGGACAUGGACUUGUUUGCGGCUUGGUGCUGCCAUAAGCACCUGGUGCUUCCCAAUCUGCCGGAGGGAGUUCAUUUGCCGUACACAUUUGUGACCAUCCUGGUGGACCGCAUCGAUUUCACCAAUGUGUUGGCUUCAGGAACCCAAGAUAUCCGUUUGUCCGGGCACGUUUCUUGGGUGGGAACCAGUUCUAUUGAGGUGGUGGUGUGGCUGGAGCAGAUGGUUGACGGAAGGUACCAAAAGUUAACCCGCGCCUUGUUCCUAAUGGCAGCAAGAAAUGCCACCAAUACGGGAGCGUCUCCCGUGAACCCCAUACAGCCCGCAAAUGAGGAGGAGAAAGUUAUUCUGGCUGGCGGCGCAGAUAGAAAGAAGAAACGUCAAAUUCUUUGUGCCCAGUCCAUCUUCAAGGUGGAACCCAAUGAUCCGGAGCAGACACUUAUGUACGAGCUGUACAAAAGGACCACUCCCACCCACACUUUGGAGCUGAACAAGCGCAUCCUGCCGCCAAACUGUCGCUGGAUGGAGGACUCUUUUCAGAUGAGCACCAUUCCUUCAUUUCCCGAGCACAGGAAUCACCACAACCGGGUCUUUGGAGGCUUCCUCAUGCGAAGUGCCUUGGAGAUAAGCUGGGCUGCGGCAUACCUCUACUGCAAAACGCGUCCCAAACUGGAGCACAUCUCGGACAUUAGUUUCGAGAAGCCCGUCAGCGUGAAUAGCUUCAUCAAGAUGACCGCGUACGUGGUGUACACCAAGGAGAACUAUGUGCAGAUCAUGACCGUUGCGGAUGUGCUGGACACGGAAACGGGAAGCCAGGUGACCACUAACACGUUCUAUUACACCUUCUCGUCUCCGGACACGGUUACCGAAGUGCUGCCCCGCUCCUACCAUGAAACUAUGUGGUACAUCCAAGGUCGUCGCAAGUUUGAGGCCAGCAUGAGUCCAGUGUAGACAGAAUUCUAUGAUUGUUACUAAAGAUAUUAUGCAGGCUAUCCUACCAGAGAAAUGCAAUUACCAGUUCUGUGUUUGCAAAAAGCAAUAAAUGUCCAUUGUUCAAUGAAGUGCUUAACCAGCUUA